ACUAACAACAACAAAAAGAAUGAUUCACUUGGAUUUUGCCAUAAUGCCAUACUAUAUAUUCAGAGACGUGUAACUGGUAUUAGACAGAAGCAGUUAGUUCAGUGGAGGAAGAGUGGCCUUGUGGAGCACAGCAGGGCAGGAGGUAAGGGAAGGACUUGUCUUCAGGUACCUGGAGGGCCUCCAGCUUGGAAAAGGAUUAGGACACUGACUCAUUUUGGCAGAAAGAACCAAAGUGACUGGCAGAACCUCUACUGGUUUCAGUAUAGUGUAGAGUCCACAGGGGAGGCUGUGGGAAGCCCCCAGAGAAGGCACACUGCCUUCCCAGAUCCUGAGCCGCUUGUCCUGGAAGUUUAGAGUGAGACCAGAUGGCUAUUUGGCUGCGUAAAAGACUCAAGUGACAGAUGGCAAGUAGACUACAUCCUUCACCUUGGUGUCCUUUAUCCACCUGGGAACCUCUUAAAAAUAGAUUUUCAGAGCAUAUUUCCAGAAUUAAUAACUUAGAAUCUCCUGGGGUGGAACUUAAGGGUGGUCUAUGUUUAGAAAAUAAAUCUCUCCAGAUGAUUCUAGUGUAGCCACUGGCAUGAACCAGCCUCUGGCGGCCACCAAGUAGGUGGCCUGGUGGGCUUUGAGACCGUCUGUGCCCAGUGAGUGAUCUGCGGUCGAGCUGAAGCUGGAACACAGGCCUGAACGCACUCCCCCUCACGUUGCCCUCAUUCUUGAAGGGCAUCUAAGGUGGAGUGGUAGGGCAGAGAGACAGGCAGCAGGAUCUGGAGACUGCUGACCUAGCUGUAUCUUGUGACUGGUGUCCCUUGUUAGGGGCUCCUGCCCCCACAUGCUAGAGUAUUCACUACUGUGCUCUCUUAAAGGCGACUCCCCUUGAAUGAGCCACAGACAUAGCUGGAGCGUGACUUGCUGAGACUGCAGUGCAGCCGGCAGCUGCCGCAUCCUGUGAAAGCCUUUUCUUUAUGGGAAGUGAAUGAGUCAGAUGGGCCUGACUGGGAAACCCAUUAUGAGGAAAUACUGAAGUGCAGAACAAAAUGGUGUUGAGCCAGAAAGGAAGCAGUUAGGGGUUCCCAGCUUUGAAACAUCAUUGGGAAAGUGCUCCUGACGAGGGUGAAGGAGGUUGGCUCCUGUGUGCCUUUCAUUCUCAUAGCCUGGCCGUAACUUGGUUAGUAAGUGUUGAGUUCUUCCUGUUAUGUCCAGGGUAGGAAGGGCAAAGUGUAAAUGAGGUGCAAGCUCUUCCUUUGUGGCACUCCCUGGAGUGGAGAGAGGUGUGUAAGCUGAUACAGAAGAAGGUUGGGCACUCAGCUGGACGCGUCGGUUAUGAAAAAGACAGGAAAUAGUAGUCCUUUGUUGCUAAAGUUUUUUAGGCAGAGAAAGGGAAACUUUUGAGAGAGAGAGAGCAUAGCGUCCACAGAGCCACAGAGGUAUAAAUGCAGAUUUAGAGAGGUUGUGAUGUUGGACUUAACAAUGAGAAAAUGAACCUGAGCAGCUGGCAGACCUGGAAGGCCACGGGCACCUGCUGGAAGGAGGGGAGUUAGGAGUUAGAAGGUUUUAGGACGGCUGCGUCUUUGCCUGCGUUGACACUGCUCUGGAAGGUUGCUUGACUGGAACUUAGGGGCUGCUGAAGAGGAGCCCAGUGCUAAUUAUCUAGUUAAGGAUCUGAAGUUAAAUAGUAGAACUGGGGACAGAAGGAGGGGACGAUUCAGCUGAUAUGUAAGGAAGGGACUGUGUAGGCAUGGACAUGAUUCUGCAGGUCAUCACAGUUCUCAGGAGAAUAAUGGAAGAGCUGUGUGCCAGAAAGCAGACUGCCAGAACACCCAGGUCUCGUAUUAACUUGAACGUCCCCUCUUCCCACAGGUUAGAAGUCCAAGCCGAUGUCCAAAAGGAAAUUUUCCCCAAAGACACAGCCAGUCUUGGUGCAAUUAGUGACAACGCAAGCACUCGUGCUAUGGCCGGUUCCAUAAUCAGUUCCUACAACCCACAGGACAGAGAGUGCAACAAUAUGGAAAUCCAAGUGGACAUUGAAGCCAAACCAAGUCACUAUCAGCUGGUGAGUGGGAGCAGCACAGAGGACUCGCUCCAUGUCCAUGCUCAGAUGGCAGAGAAUGAAGAGGGUAAUGGUGGUGGUGCUGGCGGUGGCAGUGGUGGCAGUGAAGAGGAUCCCCCUUGCAAACACCAAAGCUGUGAACAGAAAGACUGCCUGGCCAGCAAGGCUUGGGACAUCAGCUUAGCCCAGCCUGAAAGCAUCCGCAGUGACCUAGAGAGCUCUGACACACAGUCGGAUGAUGUGCCAGACAUCACUUCAGAUGAGUGUGGCUCCCCCCGUUCCCAUGCUGCAGCCUGCCCCUCGACCCCCAGAGCCCAGGGUGCACCAAGCCCAAGUGCCCACAGGAACCUCACUGCUCCAGCGGAGGGCCAGACUGUUCUGAAGCCAGAAGACUAUGAAGUGGAAUGAAGGCUCCUGCUCUGAGAAGCACACUUGUUGUAACUGCAUCUUUUGGAAUCUUUUUUGGGGGAGGGUGGGGAUUUAUGUAUUUUGUUUAAAGAUUCUCUGGUCAGGGUUCCCCCAGGGAAGUUCUGAGAAAUUUGCAAUUUCUUACCAGAUAAAAAAUGAAAUUUAUGCCUCUAAUAUCCCUCCCCUUAAACCCCUUGUUUUUAGUUUUAAUUUAUUGGUUAAGCUGAUGUUGGCAAUCUGUGAGGUGUGUCAAAGAAUGUACAUAUGUAUGUGUGUAUAUUGUAUGUAUGCUAACAUAUUAUUGAUGACACAUUUUAAUAAAGAUUUCUGUGGUAGUUCA